AUGAGCACAAUUAGUAGAGAGGAAUAUGCAAAGAAAAUGAGAUUAGCUUUAUCAGACAAUCAUAUCUGUAAACCUGAAGGAACUGUUAAUCAUUAAUAUUUCUUAGUCAAAAAAGGCUAAUAUUGGGCAGAGGAGAAAAUAUAAUUCCUCAUAGAGUAAUUAGAAAAAGUUGGAGUUGGAAAUUGGAAGUUAAUGUAAAAGGGACUAUUAGAAUAAACUAGUGAUAUUGAAUUAGAAUUGAGGACCUGCUUAUUAUUUAAAACUACAGAUAUUUAACCAUAUAUGGAUAAAAAAUUCACAAAAAAUGAAAUCAAAUCAAUUGCUUAAUAGAACUUAGAAAAAGCCUAGUAAUUAAGCAAAUUGAAAUAUGGAGUAUUCGUUGUUUGA